GGGAUACUCAGCGCAGUGAGGGGAAGUGGAGGGACAGGCAGUGAUCUCUGACGACCAGUGACAGGAUUCCAGGGAAUGGCAUGAAGCUGUGUCAGGGAAAGUUUAGGCUGGGUAUCAGGAAAAGGUUUUUCAUCCAAUGAGGGGUUUGGCACUGGUGCAACUCCCCGGGGCAGCGGUCACAGCGCCAAAGCCUGACAGAGCUCAAGAAGUGUUUGGAUACUCGGGCCACACAUUCGGGCACCUGGUGGAAUUCUUGGGAUGUCCUGCACAGGGCUGGGAGUUGGAUUCUGAUCUUGUGGAUCCUUUCUAACUCAGGAUGCUCUAUGAUUCAGUUUCUAUCUUUCCGGGUGGUUCCAUCAUGGAUGUAACUGUGGCUGAGUACAUCCGAAGAACUGUGCUAAAAAUGCCAAGGCAUGAAAUCAAAAUGAUGCUGCAGAAAUGGGGCUUUCUCUCUGAGGCACAGCUGCAGACUCUAAAUUUCCACCAGAUCAAGGACAACAUUUCUCAAGAAGUUGUUCAACUCUGUGAGGAAAAUUCUGCAAACAUAAAGCAAGCAGCAGCUCUAGACAUAAUUUACAACCAAAUCUACCAAAACAAAAGAAUGUGGAGUGUUUACCAGAUGAAAAAAUCAGGAGAAGAAGUGGAAUAUUUUGACAUAGCAGAUUUCAAAAAAAAGUUUAAAAGAAGAAUUCGGUCAGCUUUGAAAAAUGUCACCAUCACCUUUAAGGAAUAUGAGGAUAAUGCAAUCUGGAUUAGAGUUGCUUGGGGAACACCAUAUAAAAAACCAAACCAGUACAAACCCAGCUAUGUUGUGUACCAUUCACAAACUCCCUUUGUCUUCAUUUCUGCCUCAAUUCUGAAGAGCAACUUGCCUCUGCUAUGUCAGGCCCUGACUGUUGCCUCCAAUUACCAUGACAUCCGUGAAAUGGAGCUUCGAAGUCAUUCUUUAAACUCCCUUAAAGAUAUUGUGUUUAAAAGAUAUAGCCAGAACUUCCAAACUUACACUCCAAAACCUCUGCAAGGAGGGAAUGUAGAACCAGAAAAUGCAGAUAUAAGGAUAAUUCAUGAAAACAGAAUUGAGAAAGAAAGAAUCCACAGACUGAAUCAGGAAGUUUUUGGUAGUGGUCCCCAACCAAAACUCGAAUUUGCACAAUACAAGCUUGAGACAAUAUUUAAAAGUGGUCCUAAAAUGGAUGUUUUGGAUAAAAAAGAACCAUUCAGAUGUUUGGUCAAGUUUUCUAGUCCACAUCUUUUGGAAUCACUGAAAUCCUUGGCACCAGCAGGUAUGGCUGAUGCACCGCUUUCACCACUCCUUACAUGCAUACCACAUAAAGCUAGGAAUUAUUUUAAAAUUAAAGAGAAAAAAGAAAGCUUUGCAACCCCUUAAUUUAAAACUGGUUCAUAGACAAACAUGCAACUUCUUUAUUAUUGGUAUUAAUCUAAAUCAUCAUAAACUUUCAAAAAUAGCUUAUUCUUUUUUAAUACCUUAAAGUUUUUUCCAAAUUAUGGCUCAUUAAUUAUUUUUCCACAGUUAUCUUUAACAGAAGUUAGACUUAACUAAUAAAAAAAGGUAGUUGCAAGUUUAAACAGAGAUUGUGGUUAUUUUGAAUUUAAAUGUGACUGCUUUUAACUGUGCUUUUAAUAGUAUUUGUGAAGUUAAUAAAGACACAAUAAUAGCUGUAGGUAUUCAAUUUGCUAUCAUAGCUGUAGGUGGCUACAAUACUCUAGGUGGCCUUUAAUAUUUUAGACAGAACACCUGCCCUGUUUGGAACAGGGAGAACAGUCCCAUUCACAUGAGUGGAGCUCCCUGGCUGCACUCAGGCAUGUUUUUAUCUAAGUAGAUAAAUUGUAGUCUAAGACUAUUUCAGGGCAUGGUCGAGAAGGGACUUUUGGG